AUGCAGAGACAACAUCGACGUUCAACGCAGGGGGUGACUAAGGAACAUCUUGAAGAGGCUAGUCGAAUUGCAAUGGCCGAAAAUGCUCGACGACGGGCUUUAGCGGCAACUCAAAGUGUAACUUCUAACGCUUCCAGUGGUUCUAACUCUAGGGAAACGGGUAUUGCUCGCCUUGCUUCGGAGGAACGUGAUUCAACUUCUAUGUGUUCGGAUCGAAGUUCAGGAAGUAUAGACAGAGGGUCACCGGAUGAAUCAGUUUCUAGUCGGGCAGGAAGUGCUCCUCCUCGAGGUGCGAAGUUUUGUUGUAUUCCCCCGUUUCAUGUGAUUUCGAUGAAACAUCGAUGCUUGGCAUGUAUGAGUCAUCUCAUAGAACAGGCUCAUAUUUGA